AAAAUGAAGCGAUUACCACAUGAUUGAUCCUACUUUUCUGGGCUCUUGCGUGGCUACAUUUCCCUUUUAUUUAGUUGACACUAACACAUACAUACAUAAAACAAAAACUCAUGAGGCCCCAUUGUUUGAAUUGUAGUAGUUGUUAUUCCCAAGCCCCAAAUGCCAAUGACUCACUCACCCCAAUCUACAAGACACACCACCACCUUAAACAUCACAAAAAAUGGGCGAAAAAAUGGGUCAUGCAAUCAUGGUGGCACUUCCAUACCAAGGCCACAUAACUCCUUACACGAAUCUGGCCAUCAAACUGGCUUCAAAGGGCAUCGUCGUCACCUUCGUCCACCUAGAAUUCAUACACCACAAAUUACCCCAACCCGACCCUUUCUCCAUGCCUCGGGACUCCGGUCUCGAUAUCCGUUACACGACCAUCAGCGAUGGCUUUCCCCUGGAUCACGAUCGAGAAGACGACAACUACUGGGAGUCUAUGUUCCAACAUUUUUGGAUUCGCGUUGAUGAAUUCGUUGGAGAGUUAAUCCGGUCGGAGCCAGAUUUGGCCCCUUUUCUGGUCACUGAUACUUUGUUUACAUGGCAAACGCCCGUCGCCGAUAGGCACAACCUCUUGAAGGUAUCGUUCUGGACCGAGCCAGCUUUGGUGUUUUCUUUAGCUUACCACGUUCAACUUCUACGACAAAAUGGCCAUUUUCCGUGUAAAGACCAUGUCGAGGAGGAAAUAGAUUACGUAGAUGGAGUUAAGUCGAUGAAUACGAAGGAUUUGAUGCCGUAUCUCAAGGAAUCCGGCACUAGAAGCCUAGUGCACAGGGUGGAGAUGAAGGCGUUCGAGGAAGUGAAGAAGGCUGAUUUUAUCUUGCACAACACAGUUUAUGAGUUGGAAUCUGAGACACUAUCAGCUCUCAACAAAAUCCAGCGCAACUACGCAGUUGGCCCCAUUAGCUUCUCCAAAAAUCUAUCUGCCUAUGCUGUCAGCAGGAGCUUAUGGUCCGAAUCAGACUGCUCCGAGUGGCUCCAAUCCAAGCCGCCCGGUUCGGUUCUGUACGUCUCGUUCGGGAGCUUUCUUCAGGCCAGCAAGCACGUCGUUGGAGAAAUAGCUUAUGGACUUGUGCUCAGCCGAGUAAGUUUCGUUUGGGUGAUGCGAGAGGAUGCUGAUUUGCCGAGUGGGUUCAGGGACGAGAUCAAAGAAAGGGGACUGGUCGUGCCGUGGUGCGAUCAAAUUAGGGUUCUUUCAAAUCCGGCCGUUGGAGGGUUCUUGACGCACUGUGGGUGGAACUCGGUGUUGGAGAGCAUGUGGUGUGGCGUCCCGAUGAUUUGUUAUCCGUUGGAUUACGAUCAACCCACGAAUCGGAAAUUGGUGGUCGACGACUGGAAGAUCGGGAUCAAUCUUUGCGAGGGUGAAUGUGUUGAGAGGGAGGAAGUUUCGGAGAAGACGGACGAGUUUAUGAAUGGAGGUGUUUCGGAGAGGCUGAGGCAGGAGCUGAAGAAAGUGGGUGCCAAACUGCAUCAGGCAUUGGAAAGUGAUGGAUCAUCUGAGGCCAAUUUCGAUCAAUUUGUAAAGGAUUUGAAAGCCAAAUUAGCUGGCUAAGGUUUCCAAGUUCAAAGCAAUCUUUAAAAGAAAAGUUUUACUCUGUUUAAACAAGAAUAAUUUCUUUAA